AUGAACGACGUUAUUCAACUAACAAUGAGUGAUAUAACUACAAAUGAUACCGAACACGCAUUGGUCUCCUCCACAGAUACUACUACAUGUCAUCGUGUUAAUCUUCAAAAAGUUGAUAAUGUUCUUGUGAUCUGGUUAGGUAAUAAUAUCGAUGAAAACAACGAAAAUUAUCGUAAUAUGAUUUCUCAAUUACGUUCGAUUGUUAACAACAUUAACAUAUUCACAGAUAGUGAUCAAUGUAUUCAAUUUAUGAAUACCAUCACUAACAUCAAAGUAUGUUUGAUUAUUUCAGGUUCAUUGGAACAAUAUAUAUUACCACGAGUGCAUAGUCUGUCUCAAAUAGAUUCAAUCUUUAUUAUGUAUGAAGAGAAAAUACAAGAUAUACAAUGGGUCAAAGAAUGGUCCAAGAUUAAAGGUGUCUUCACUGAUAUAUCACCGAUCUGCGAGGCUCUCAAACAAGUCGUUCAAUUAUGUGAACAAAAUGCCAUGUCAAUUACUUUCCUGGCUAUGAAUACUGACGAUGAUAUUAGUAAAAAGUGGGAUCAAUUAGAUACAUCUUUUAUGUACACCUAUGCUCUUACAGAGAUAUUAUUAUCGAUCAAUUUCGAAGAAAAACAUAUCAAAGAAUUUAUUGAUUAUUGUCGUAAUAUUUUCAUCGACAAUACUUGUAAAUUAAACAAUAUAAUGAUAUUUGAACAAACAUAUAGUGAGAAAACACCUAUUUGGUGGUAUACUUAUGAAGGUUUUUUGCAGUCCAUGCUUAGUCGUGCAGUACGAUUAUUAGAUGUGGAUAUUCUUAUACGAAUGGGUUUUUUUAUUCGCGAUCUUCAUCGACAUAUUCAACAACUACAUUCAGAGCAAAUUAAAACAACUGAUUCUGAUAAAUCGUUUACAGUCUAUCGUGGACAAGGUUUAUCUCUAACAGAUGUCGAGAAAAUGAUAAAAGCCAAGAAUGGAUUGAUUUCCUUUAAUAAUUUUUUAUCUACUAGUAAGAGUCGAUCAAAUGCACUUCGUUUUGCACUUGAGGCUGCAAAAAACCCUGAUUUAGUCGGAAUUCUUUUUAUUAUGGAUAUUGAUUCAUCUCAAUCGACAACUUGUUUCGCUUCUAUUACUGACGUCAGCUAUCAACAUGAUGAAAAUGACAUUCUAUUCUCAAUGCAUACUAUAUUUCGUAUUGUUGAUAUUAAACCUAUGGAUGGACAUAAUCGUCGUUACGAGAUAAAGUUAACGCUUACUAGUGACAAUGACAAAGAUCUGACUUUGCUUACUAAUCGCAUUAGAGAUGAGACUUAUUCAAACUCAACAGGAUGGCACAAAUUAGCUGAAAUACUACUUAAAAUGGGUGAAUAUACUAAAGUCGAAAAUAUUUAUAAAAUGCUAUAUGAUGAGACAACAGAUGAGAGUCAAAAAGCAUAUAUUUAUCAUCAACUGGGAUUUGCCAAAGAUGAACAAGGAAUAUAUCAAGAAGCAGUAGUAUAUUAUGAAAAAUCAAUUGAUAUCAAAGAAAAAAUUCUUCCUUCCAAUCAUCUUAGUUUGGCUACUUCAUAUAAUAAUAUCGGUCAAACAUUCUAUCAUAUGGCUGAUUAUUCGAAAGCACUUUUAUUUUUUGAAAAAGCUCUUGAAAUUCGAUUACAAGCACUUCCUGAAAAUCAUUCUGGUAUAACUGACUGUUACCAGAACAUAGGUCUAGUACAUUACAAUAUGGGCGACUAUAUGAAAGCACUUUCAUGUAUUGAAAAGGCUCUUGAAGUUCAAAAGACAUCGCUUCUACAUAAUCAUCCUGAUCUGGCUUAUUAUUAUAAUAAUAUUGGUGAAAUAUAUCGUAAGAUGGAUAAAUACCCAGAAGCAUUAUCAUCUCAUGAAAAAGCGUUAGAAAUUCGACAACAAUCACUUUCUUCAAAUCAUCUUGAUUUAAGUAUGUCCUAUAACAAUAUCGGUAUGAUACAUUACAAUACAGGUGAUUAUUUGAAUGCAAUUUCAUUUUUGGAAAAAUCGCUUAAAAUUCGACAACAAUCACUUCCUUCGAUUCAUCUACAAUUAGCUUACUCUUAUAACAAUCUCGGUGCUGCAUAUUAUCAUAUAGGUGAUUAUGAGAAGGCAUUACCAAUGUAUCAAAAAGCGCUAGAAAUCCGACAACAAGCACUUCCUGCACAUCAUGUUGAUCUAUGUGCAUCAUAUAACAAUGUUGGUAUAGUGUAUUAUAUAUUAGGUGAUUUUAUGAAAGCACUUUCGUCUUAUGAAAAAGCACUUGAGAUUCGACAACAAUCAUUACCUUCGAAUCAUCUUGAUUUAGCCUCUUCUUACAAUAACAUAGGUGGUGCGUGUUGUGGUAUAGGUGAUUAUUCAAAAGCACUUUUAUAUCAUAAAAAAGCACUUGAAAUUCGACAAGAAAAACUUUCUCCAAAUCAUCCUGAUUUUUCCGUAUCCUUCAACAAUAUUGGUAUGACGUAUUACCAUAUGGGUGAUUAUUCCAAAGCAUUUCCAUGUUGUCAACGUGCUGUUGAUAUUGGACAACGUUCAUUACCAGCAGAUGAUACUGAUCUUUUAGUGAGCAUGACGAAUCUUGAAAAUAUAAGAAUGAAAUUGUAG